UUAAUGGGGGAUGUUUUUAUUUUAUUUAUUGCUUAGCUAGCUCAUGCUCAAGCAGUAGAUAUAUCGUAUAGCUACGUUAGUGUGUCAAGAAGGGGCUGCUACCUGGUCUGCAACCUCCAGAUAUUUCUUAUGACAGUGAGAGGUAGAGGAAACUACUACCAUGACAGACACUGCACGUAGGAAGGAUUUGAUCUACCCGACUAGCGACACACAGGCCAUGAACAGUGCUCAGUUUGAGAGUGACUCCACACCAAGCCCAACACACCAACACAACGGCAUGCUACCCCACAAAUCUCCCACCACUAUUGACGUCGACAAUGGGUUCAGCAGCGAAGAGGAAGUCGAAAAAGGGAGCGAGGUCUUCGGAAUAUCUCGAAGCUGUGGGCAAGCAGAGCUCAAGAAACUGAGAAAAGAAUUGAAUGACAAGCAAUUGACAGGGAAGUAUAUCGAGCUACCGAUGAGUCAAGAUCUGAUAAGUGAUGAAAGGGUCCAGUCUACAUACACUCUGUUUACAAAGCAUGGCUCGAAAUCGUUACCUCGACACAAGUCAGCUAGUGUCUCUAUAGAUCUAGACACAACAAGCCCCCCACGCACCUCGAUGAGCAAUCAUUCUUCACCUUCAGACUCGUCUUACCUGUCACCAUUGAGAAAUAAUGUUCGUUCCGCUAGUCCCGAUAUUGGAAGGAAAAUACAGUCGAAUCCUUUCUUUGUACAAGAUCGAAUAUCUCGUUCUAAUGUCGACCGACAGAGGCUAGACAGUGCCCCUGCAAAUAUGAGUUUGAAAGUUAAAGGCACCACUGAGGUUCGUAGCAGCUCAUCUCUCUCCACUACACCUUCAUUGAGCACUUCCAAGAGCUUCAGUCAUAACAUAGGUAACCAAGUGAGGGACUCAGCAGACCCACUAGCAUCAGUCAACAUUCAGAGUCGAAUCAGGUUAUGGGCAGACAAAGAGAAGGAAGCAAGCGAGAUUAAAGAACUCGAGCGUAUCAAAAGCCCAAUUUCGCAAAAAAGUACUAACUCUCCUAGCCCGCAAAAAAGUAGAUCGAACACACCUACGAAAAAAGUAGAUGAUUCAAUCAGUUCAUCCAAGAUCCCAGUCAAGGAUGUAGAACAUUCAAACAAGAAAGUCAACAAGCACAAAAAUUCACUCGGAGAUGGAAAGACCUCCCCCCCCAGUCCUAGCAGAAGUCCAUCCAAGGAUUCACGAUCACGGUCUGGCAGUAAAGAAAGCUCCAGCGAGCUAAGCCCUGAGGCAUCUCCCAAAAAGAGUCGUUGGAAACUCAAGUCUCCUCUAUUUAGACGAAAGAAAGCCUCCGACAGUCUAAGUUUUGACAGUGAGCAAAGUGAUGAGAGCACACUAUCAGGGAGCAACGAGAAGUUGGAGACGAACAAGAAAACUCGCAAUAGGUCGAAGAGAAAGGCUGUCAAAAAGAGACUGAGCGAUGCAUUCGGUUUGCCCAGGUCAAAUAGCGAGUCGAAAACUGCAGUCGAUGAUCAAGCAAUCCCUACAAGCAAGCCACCGCUACCUGAUACUGAGUUCAGGAAGAGAUCGACUUCACUGGGUCCCAAACAACGAAUAAGGACUAACCAACGAAGAGCCACUUCUCAACCAGACAUUCACAAGCACUCUGUACACUCCCCAGAAAUGGAAGGGGACUACAUGAUUGUGAUAUCUAAACAUCUUGACCCAGAGACACAGACAAUUAUUGUGACCAACAAAGAUGCAUUGCCAAACAGCAACGUCGUUUUGAGGGAAGAGAAAGGACGAAAGGAUGCUGAGACUAAAACUAAAACCAUCUCUAGAGAUAUUCGUGACAUAAUCAAUUCUCUGGGCACAAGCAAUCUAGAUAUUGACAAAAGUGAGGCAGUCAGUGAGAGUGUGUUGAGUCCUGAACUGGAGAGUGUGCUUGAGCAGACGGCCUCGGAAUCACAGCUGGACGUUGUUAUCAGCCCCCCACCCCCUCUUGCUGACAACGGUGGUCUAGUGAGAGUUCCCAGUCUGUUCAGUGAGGAUGACGAAACAUUCAUAUCAGGAGGUGGCAGUGCGAUGGAUCCCCUGAUGAUGGACCCCCUGAUGAGCGACCCCCUGAUGAGCAGCCUGGACAUUGGUCCUAUCCAGAGAGCGGCCAUCAAGAGACGACUGAGCGACAACAUCAAAGCCACUCAUAGCACCAAGCUCAAAUUAGGUCCAAGGACUGUCAGUCUCUCCCCAACUGAGGAAGAUACCUCUGACGGAGUAAUAGCCACAUCGCUGAUGUACGCUGACGCAGUGUGGGACAGAGUAGCCCUAGAUGAGGAUGAGCUCAGCUUCGGUGUGGGGGAUGCCAUUGAGAUCCUCAACAUGACCGACGAUGUCUGGUGGUACGGGAGUGUGAACUCUGCCAAUGGAUGGUUUCCAGCUUCAUUUGUCCGACUGCGCAUUGGUCAAGACUCUGACGAGGACAAUGACUCAGUGAUCAGUACGGAUCCCCCCUCCUCCCCUUCCGCCCAUGAUACCCCACCCCCUCCACAGCCCACCACCCUUCCACCAAAGACAGAGGACACACCCUCAGAGGACGCACCCUCAGAGGACAAACUGGGAGAGCUAGCAUCGGAAGAGAAGAGACGGCCCUCCAGACAUCAGAGUGGCUCUUCUGUGCACAGACGUAUGACCAUCCGUCGCAAAGACUCUGCACCCUCUCUGCCUCGAAAGUUGACCUCUAAUGAAGUGAGGGCAAAGGUCAUUGAAGAGAUUCUCAACACUGAGAGGGACUAUGUCAAACACCUGGAGGACAUUAUUGAGGGCUAUGUCAAGAGGUGCCUAGGGUACAACAAGCUGUUUGACAACGAAAAGGUGGACACCAUUUUCUCCAACAUUGAAGCAAUCUAUACCUUCCAGAGAGACUUUCUUCGCGAGUUGGAGUCCAGCAUCAACCACGACAAAAUAGAGGACUCCCAGAUCGGAGAGGUCUUUGUCAAUAACAGACAUGAGUUCGACAUCUAUGGCCAGUAUUGCAACAACCACCCCCAUGCUGUCAACGAGAUGAACCAGCUACAGGAAAACGAGCAAUACAAAUUCUUCUUUGAAAGCUGUCGACUGUUGAGGAACUUGCAGGACAUCUCUCUGGAGGGCUUCCUCCUCACCCCAGUGCAGAAGAUCUGCAAGUACCCUCUACAACUGACAGAGCUACUCAAGUACACGAGUGAGGACCAUCCAGACCACUCCCACAUAGUUGCAGCUCGGGAUGCCAUGCGAGAGGUAGCGUUGCACAUCAACGAAAUGAAGAGGAGAAUGGAGAACAUUGGCAAGAUCGGGCGUUGGCAGGCGACCAUCGAGGGAUGGAAGGGAGAGGAUAUACUGGCCUCCAGCUCUCAGAUGCUGCGUUGUGGAGAGCUGCACAAGAUCUCUAAGGGACACUCACAAGAGAGACAUUUCUUCCUUUUUGAUCAUCAGCUCAUCUACUGCAAAAAGGAUGCUAUUGGUGGCAAACUAACGUACAAAGGAAGAGUCUAUCUUGACCAGUGUCAGGUCACAGACAUGGAUGACGGAAAAGCACAACACAGUGGCAGUGUUGUCAAGAACUCAUGGCGUAUGAAGAACAAAGACAAGGACAAGUGGUACAUCAUCUUUGCCAAGAGUUCCGAGGAUAAGAGAGACUGGAUGGACAGCUUCGAGAAAGAGAGGGAGCUUGUCAAGGACGAUGAGGAAAAAAAGUUCCAUGUCUCUUUGAAGAUGAAGCGAUCGGCUGUUGCCUUGACUUCCAGUUCAGAGCAGCUGAGAAGAGGAAGGAGAAAAAGCAGCACAACUCCUGUCAAGGGUCGUGCGAAUCUCUUGGAAUCUGUGGACAGUGGCACAAGACACAAGCUGAGUGCUCAGAGACUAGUAGUGUCAGCAAGUAGUCCUCAAGUAAAGAGCAAAACUGCUAGCAAAAAGAAACGAGGCAGUAAUAGUUAGCAUUAUUUUGCGUAAGGUCUGUCUGUUUGUGAUUUGUGUCUCUGUCAUGUCAGUCACAUUUGUAUAUACUUUGUAUCAGAAGUCAACAAUCAUGAUAAUUAUAUCAAGGGA